CUCCCUACUCACCCGGAAGGAGUUUUCUCAAGAAUCCCGUUCAGAGCGAGGCCUGCUCGGGACGAUUAGUGUAGGAAGAAACUUAUUUAUUAUUCUAAAGGGAGUUAAUCAGUGUUUGUAUACAGCCUUGGAUAAUGUAGAAAUUGGGAAGUUUCUUGGACAGCAGUGAUUUUUUGGUCUCGGUGUUAUUACAAAGGACGCGUAUUGGAGAUGGCGGCUUAGAGAGAUCAAAUGGUCUUCUAAAGAAGUCAUGGGUAGCUGUUGUAGCUGUCCAGGUAAUGAAUCUGUCCCAGAUAACCAUCAAAGCAAGUUUAAGGUCAUUAAUGUAGAUGAUGAUGGAAAUGAACUAGGUGCUGGCAUAAUGGAGUUAACUGAUACAGAACUGGUACUGCACACUCGCAAACGAGAUGCUGUAAAAUGGCCAUAUCUUUGCCUUCGUCGAUAUGGCUAUGACUCCAAUCUCUUCUCUUUUGAAAGUGGUCGAAGAUGCCAGACUGGACAAGGAAUAUUUGCAUUUAAAUGUGCUCGUGCUGAAGAGUUAUUUAACAUGCUGCAAGAGAUUAUGCAGAAUAAUAGCAUAAGUGUUGUUGAAGAGCCUGUUAUAGAAAGAAACCCACAUCAGACUGAUUUGGAAGUUCCUAGGACACCACGGACCCCUACCACUCCUGGGUUUGUUCCUUUGUGCUUACCAAAUGGAUAUCCAAGAUAUCCCUCUUUUGGAGAUGGCUCAUCGCAUCCUUCUAGCAGACAUCCUUCUGUUGGAAGUACACGUCUUCCUUCUGUAGGUGAAGAGUCCACACAUCCACUACUAGUGGCUGAAGAACAGGUUCACACUUACGUCAACACCACUGGUGUUCAAGAAGAACGGAAAAACCAGUGCAACACACCCACAGCAUUAGAAGCAAGACUUUCAAAUAUUGAAAACAGUAGGGCUCGAGCUGAGCCUAGUAUUUCUAUUGAAGAUAGAAAUCCUCAUGUACUGCUGGAAACUGAAGGCGUAAAAUUUGUUUUGGGACCAACACCUGUUCAGAGACAGUUGAUGGAGAAAGAGAGAGAGAAGCAUCUUGUAAAAGAAGCUAGAGGGGGUGUGACCAAUAAUGACUGGGACACUGGCUAUGACAGUGACGAACGCAAGGAGACCUUGUCCGGUGAUAAGCAGGUUUAUGAAAAUAUUAAUGGCUUGUCCAUUUCCAGUUCAACGGGGAUCAGAAAGAGUCGUCCAGCAACAGCUGGCAAUUCAGAUUCCCAGAAUAUGAACAAUUCAGCACAAAGGCGAACUGCUUUACUGAAUUAUGAAAAUCUUCCAUCUUUACCCCCAGUCUGGGAGGCAUGCAAGAUGAGCAGAGAUGAAGAGGAUUUUUUAGGACCAGGUACACCAUCUCUUAAUGGUCAUCACAGUAACUGUGAUGCAAUGCAUAACUAUAUCAAUACAGAAAAUGUGACUGUUCCCACAAGUGCUCACAAAGUAGAGUUUCCAAGGAGACGGGACUGCACGUCAUCUGUGUUUAAUUUUGAUAUCAGAAGGCCAAGUUUAGAACACAGGCAGCUCAACUAUAUUCAGGUGGAGUUGGAAGGUGGUAGCGACUCAGAUAAUCCACAGACUCCAAAAACUCCUACCACUCCACUUCCACAAACUCCCACCAGGCGAGCAGAGCUAUAUGCUGUAAUAGACAUUGAAAGGACUGUUGCUAUGUCCAGCUUGCAGAAAGCACUGCCAAGAGAGGAUGGUUCAUCAAGAAAAACUAGGCAUAACAGUACUGACCUACCAAUGUGAGCUUGAGAAGCACUAUUUUUCCUUAAAUUGCAACUUUAUGAAAUUUAUUCAGAUGAAGAUGUAGGUGCUUCAGCUGCCAUUUUUAUAUGACUAAUAUACUGUAAUAGUUAUUCUGCAGUAUAUUAGGAGCUAGUCUAAUGGUAAUCAUUGAAUAUCAGGUACUCAUUAGUAGCAAUCCUGUUUAGGGUAGUUACACUUACAUUUUCAGCAAUUACAACAGUUAACAGUGCCUCAUCAGUUCCAGCAGCAUUGAGUUGCAUACCAGUUUCAUGGAUAUAUAGAUGAAUAGCACCAAUUGUUGAAAAUUGUAUAAUUCUUAGGUGCACACUACUUGCAGGUCAGUGUUAAACUACAAUAAUUUACAGUCUUGUUUCGCAAGGUAGAUGUAUUUGGUACUCAAGAUUGCAUUUUUCCACUGAAAUUUUGCCAAAACUUAAACAAAAAUGCACAUAACAGAAUGGUACUUCACUGAAUACUUAAAAAUGGUCUUCAGUUUAUUUAAGCAUUUUAUUUUAUACCAUAACAUUUGGAACUUCAUCCAUUAAUACUGGUUAUCCUUGUAGGAAUCCAGUAGCUAUAUGCUAACCUCACUGCAUAGGAUUUUUUUAAUAAUAAAAGCCCCUGAACCA